AUGGCGACGCCACCGCGCGGCACGCGCACGGCGCAGAUGCUGGAGUAUGAACGGCAGGCGGACGAAAGGGCGAGAGAACAAGAUGCGAUGAAUGAGGAGAGGGAACGGAUGCUGGAGGAGCAGGCCAGGAUGGCCGCGGAACAGGAGAGAAUUGCGCAGGAGGAGUAUGAGAUGAGGCAGUAUUAUGAGGCGGAGGCGUUAAAGCAUGCGGAGGAGGUGAGGAUACAUCAAGAAGAAGUCCGAAGGCACCAAGACCGGGUUCGAGACCAUGAACGACGAAUUCGCGAUCACGAAGCAUCUGCAGAGGCCUUUGCGAAGGUGAUCGCUAUGCCUGCUAAGCCGGGCCGUGAUAGACAGACACCCUUCAUAACGCCGGUAGAUCGGACGGGGACGGGAUUGAAUGGGAAUGGGAAGACGAAUGGGGCUUGA